AUGGAGAAUGCCUUCACAAAGACGCCCGCUGAGGCGCUGAAGCACUUUGGCGUGACUGAGCAGCAGGGCCUGUCGCAGCAGCAGGUGCAGAGUGCUCGCCAGAAGUAUGGCAGAAACGCGCUUCCCGAAGAUCCCCCCACACCGAUAUGGGAGCUCAUUCUCGAGCAGUUCAAGGACCAGCUGGUCAUCAUCCUGCUCGGCAGCGCCGCUGUGAGCUUCGUGCUCGCACUCUUUGAGGGCGGUGACGACUGGACCGCCUUCGUGGAUCCUGCAGUCAUUCUCACCAUCCUGGUGUUGAACGCCGUCGUCGGUGUGUCUCAAGAAACAAGCGCCGAGAAAGCCAUUGCCGCCCUCCAAGAGUACUCUGCGAACGAAGCAAAGGUCGUCCGCGACGGCAAGAUUACGCGCAUAAAAGCGGAUGACUUGGUCCCCGGCGAUGUCGUUUCGGUUGCUGUUGGCGACAGGAUCCCUGCAGACUGCAGGAUAUUGUCUGUCCAGAGCAACAGCUUUAACAUUGAUCAGUCCAUCCUUACCGGUGAGAGCGAGAGCGUCUCCAAGGACACCAGGUCCAUCAAGGACGAGCAUGCCGUCAAGCAGGAUCAAGUCAAUAUGCUGUUCUCGGGCACCACCGUCGUUACGGGCCAUGCCAACGCGCUUGUUGUGCUCACUGGCGCCAACACUGCCAUCGGAGACAUCCACGAAAGUAUCACAUCGCAGAUCUCGCAGCCUACGCCUUUGAAAGAAAAGCUGAACGACUUUGGCGACGUGUUGGCCAAAGUCAUUACGGCCAUCUGUGUUCUGGUUUGGCUCAUCAACAUUCGCAACUUCAGUGACCCCUCGCAUGGCGGUUUCGCAAAGGGCGCUAUCUACUACCUCAAGAUCGCCGUCUCUCUAGGUGUCGCAGCUAUUCCGGAAGGUCUCGCUGUAGUCAUUACCACCUGUCUCGCUCUUGGCACGCGCAAGAUGGCAGCAAAGAACGCCGUUGUCCGCAGCCUUCCCUCUGUAGAGACGCUCGGGAGCUGCAGUGUAAUCUGCUCUGACAAGACUGGUACCUUGACAACAAAUCAAAUGAGCGUCAACAAGAUAGUCUUCAUCACCGAAGAUGGCAAGGGCCUGGAAGAGUUCGACGUGGAGGGGACGAGCUUCGCCCCCGAAGGCCGAAUCACAUUGCAAGGCCAAAUUCGAGAUCAUUUGGCCGCCUCGUCCGACACUGUUCGCCAGAUAUGUGAAGUCACUGCGCUCUGCAACGAUUCGGCUCUUUCUUUGGACCCCAAGAGCGGACAACAUGCCUUGAUCGGGGAACCAACUGAAGGCGCAUUGCGCGUUCUGGUCGAGAAGGUCGGCACACCUGAUCGCGAGUAUAACGACAUCCGGGCAUCUGUUUCUCCAUCUGAGCGUCUUCACCGCGCGAGCAAAUACUACGAAGACUAUUCUCCCCGACAAGCAACCUAUGAGUUCUCUCGGGACCGUAAAAGCAUGUCUGUCCUAGUGAAAAACUCGCAUUCUCAGAGGCUAUUGGUCAAGGGGGCUCCGGAAUCCAUUCUGGACCGAUGCACGCACGUGAUCGUUGGGGAGCACGGCAAAAAGGUACAGCUCAACAAGCAAAUGGCUGGCCUACUUGCCAAAGAAGUCGUCGAGUAUGGCAAGAAAGGGUUGCGUAUCUUGGCUCUGGCAUCUGUGGACGACAUCGGUUCGAAUCCUCUCCUGAAACGCGCCAAAACCACGCAAGAUUAUGCGAAACUGGAGCAAAACAUGACUUUGAUUGGCCUUGUUGGCAUGCUGGAUCCUCCUCGUCCUGAAGUUCGCGCCUCGAUUGCGAAAUGCCGCUCUGCUGGCAUCCGUGUCAUUGUGAUUACAGGAGACAACCAGAACACCGCCGAGACUAUCUGCCGCCAAAUCGGUGUUUUCGGUCCAAACGAGGAUACUACUGGCAAGAGCUAUACUGGUCGUGAGUUCGAUGACCUCAGCGAGACUGAGAAAAUGGAGGCCGCCAAACGAGCGUCUCUUUUCUCCCGUGUAGAACCCACCCACAAGCAGAAACUGGUAGAUCUCCUCCAACAAGCUGGUGAAGUUGUUGCCAUGACUGGAGACGGCGUCAAUGAUGCACCCGCCCUCAAGAAAGCCGAUAUUGGCGUUGCCAUGGGCUCUGGAACCGACGUCGCUAAGCUCGCCGCUGACAUGGUCUUGGUAGAUGAUAACUUCGCCACCAUCGAGGGUGCUGUUGAAGAAGGUCGUUCCAUUUACAACAACACACAACAAUUCAUCAGAUAUCUCAUCUCUUCCAACAUCGGCGAAGUUGUUUCCAUCUUCCUCACAGCUGCCGCUGGCAUGCCGGAAGCACUCAUUCCUGUCCAGCUCCUUUGGGUCAACCUCGUCACAGACGGUUUGCCCGCUACGGCCCUCUCCUUCAACCCACCGGAUCACGACGUCAUGAAGAGGCGACCGCGUAAGCGUGACGAAGCGCUCGUGGACGGCUGGUUGUUCUUCCGCUACAUGGUCAUCGGCACUUAUGUUGGAGCAGCAACCGUGUUCGGUUACGCCUGGUGGUUCAUGUUCAACAGCGCCGGCCCCCAAAUCAGUUUCUACCAGCUCACCCAUUUCCACCGCUGCUCCUCGCAGUUCCCAGAGAUUGGGUGCGAGAUGUUCGCCAACGAGUCUUCUCGCGCAGCUUCGACGGUCUCGCUGUCUAUCCUCGUUGUCAUCGAGAUGCUGAACGCCAUGAACGCCCUCUCGUCAUCCGAGUCGCUGCUUACCCUACCGCUCUGGAAGAACAUGAUGCUUGUAUACGCCAUCUGCUUGUCCAUGGCGCUGCAUUUCGUCCUGCUCUACGUGCCUUUCCUUCAGGGCCUGUUUAGCGUUGUGCCACUGGACUGGAGCGAGUGGAAGGCCGUUCUGAUAAUCAGCGGGCCCAUCAUUAUCAUUGACGAAGGCCUCAAGUUUCUCGAGCGCCAGUUCUACAUGCACAAGACAUCCGACGACGCUUCGCGUUACGUGCAGAACGGCAGCGCUAGACCCAAGGCGGAGUGA